GCUGAAACUGAUCACUUCUGUAUACACUGCUUACACGUAAGCCAUUUUGGGUAAGGACACUCAAUUAGUAUAUAAGGGAAGGUUCCGCCCUCAGUUUCUUCGGAAGCUCAACCGUGGGGAACGUGCACACCGCCCGGUAUUGGACCAGGCUCACGAGUUGAUCCUCUGACGAGACUGACACGCGGGCUCCCUCAGUCUACUGGUCUAGGAUGAUGGCUCUGGGUCUUUUGAUAUUACUAAUUGGGGGUGUUCUGAAUGAAGUAGGAGCCACCACAUUAGGAGGCGAGGCAACGGAGACGACUCAGGUCCGAUGGUGGUGGAACACUUCCACUAAAUCUAGACGGCAGGAGAACACGACGUGUCCGGAGAAUCAGUCUUGCAAUGUCCUCACCAUUACGACUGGUGAUGGGUGCACCAUCUACUCCUCGAACUUGAAGGUGUCGGGGGUAAAACCACAGAAGUAUCUGAUUGAGUGCUCUGAAAACUUAAAUAUUACCUGGACGUCGAAAGUAACUUGGUGUAUGGGGCCCUGGAACGGCUCCAAGGUACAGUGCGAGGUCAAUGCAACAUCAGGCGAAUACACCUCUAAUAAGACUGGGCCCAUUGGCUGGAUUAAUGCAACCGAUAUUAUUAACAGGACUAUACCAAUGCUUGCUAUAGCCGUGUGGGCCAGAACCCCCAUAACAAGACAGUCACAUGAAAGGAGGCAGAAGAUACUGGCAGAAACACUGCCUGAAGUAGGUCAUACUCAAAAAAUGGGCAAGGGAAAGAUCAAAAGUAAAAGAGGAAUUGAGCACUAUUGCAGUGUGCCCGACUUGUGGACUACCAGUGGACAAAGACUAAGACUAAGUGCUGAAGAAAUGUGCAUCUGGGAAUCGGAGAAGGUGAACAAAAUUGCAUACUACGUAGAUAAUUUCAUCAAGAGGUUCAACAAACUUAGUAAGGUGGAUAAUGUUACAAAACGAAUUCUGCACAUAACAAGACAGUAA